AUGCGCUUCUCUUGGUUAUUGUGCCCGCUUCUCGCGAUGGGAAGUGCUCUUCCUGAAACCAAGACGGACGUUUCGACAUACACCAACCCUGUCCUUCCGGGAUGGCACUCAGACCCAUCAUGCAUUCAGAAAGAUGGCCUCUUUCUCUGUGUCACUUCAACUUUCAUCUCUUUCCCAGGUCUUCCCGUCUAUGCUUCGAGGGAUCUAGUUAACUGGCGUCUCAUCAGUCAUGUCUGGAACCGUGAGAAACAGUUGCCUGGCAUUAGCUGGAAGACUGCUGGGCAGCAGCAGGGCAUGUACGCACCAACCAUUCGAUACCACAAGGGAACAUACUACGUCAUCUGCGAAUACCUAGGCGUUGGAGAUAUCAUUGGAGUCAUCUUCAAGACCACAAACCCGUGGGACGAGAGUAGCUGGAGCGACCCUGUUACCUUCAAGCCAACACACAUUGAUCCCGACCUCUUUUGGGACGACGAUGGAAAGGUUUAUUGUGCUACCCAUGGCAUCACUCUGCAGGAGCUUGAUUUGGAAACUGGGGAGCUGAGCCCGGAGCUCAACAUUUGGAACGGGACUGGAGGCGUAUGGCCUGAGGGACCCCAUAUCUACAAGCGCGAUGGUUACUACUAUCUCAUGAUUGCCGAAGGCGGAACUGCCGAGGACCACGCUAUUACAAUCGCUCGAGCCCGCAAGAUCACCGGCCCAUAUGAAGCCUACGAGAACAACCCGAUCUUGACCAACCGUGGAACAUCCGAGUACUUCCAGACUGUUGGUCACGGUGACUUGUUCCAGGAUACCAAGGGCAACUGGUGGGGUCUCUGUCUUGCUACUCGCAUCACAGCGCCUGGAGUCUCGCCCAUGGGCCGUGAAGCUGUUUUGUUCAACGGUACAUGGAACAAGGGCGAAUGGCCCAAGCUGCAACCAGUGCGAGGCCGCAUGCCUGGAAACCUCCUCCCAAAGCCGACACGAAACGUUCCCGGAGAUGGGCCCUUCAACGCUGACCCGGAUAACUACAAUCUGAAGAAGACUAAGAAGAUUCCGCCUCACUUUGUGCACCAUAGAGUCCCCAGAGAGGGUGCCUUCUCUUUGUCCCCCAAGGGUCUACAUAUUGUGUCUAGCCGCAACAAUGUUACCGGCAGUGUGUUGGUUGGAGAUGAGAUUGAGCUUUCAGGACAGCGAGGUCUAGCCUUCAUCGGACGUCGACAAACUCACACUCUGUUCAAGUACAGUGUUGAUAUCGACUUCAAGCCCAAGUCCGACGACCAGGAAGCUGGAAUCACCGUUUUUCGCACGCAGUUCGACCAUAUCGACCUUGGCAUCGUUCGUCUCCCUACAAAGCAAGGCGGCAACAAGAAGUCCAAACUCGCCUUCCGAUUCCGAGCCACAGGAGCUCAGAAUGUUCCUGCGCCAAAGGUAGUACCGGUCCCCGAUGGCUGGGAGAAGGGCGUAAUUAGUCUACAUAUCGAGGCAGCCAACGCGACGCACUACAACCUUGGAGCUUCAAGCCACAGGGGCAAGACUCUCAACAUCGCGACAGCAUCGGCAAGUCUUGUCAGUGGAGGAAUGGGCCAAUUUGUUGGUAGCUUGCUUGGACCUUAUGCUACCUGUAACGGCAAAGGAUCUGGAGUGGACUGUCCUAAGGGAGGCGAUGUCUAUGUGACCCAAUGGACUUACAAGCCCGUGGCUCAAGAGAUUGAUCACGGAGUGUUUGUAAAAUCGGAACUGUAG